AUGGCAACACCUGAUGAAAAUCAAAUGUUAGAGCGGAUUCAAGAAUCGAUUUUAUGGGCAGAAAUGACUGUGGCUGGAAAAGGUUUUAAUACAUAUACUAGAGGUAUUUAUGAUGAACCGUUAUGUUCGGACGAUACCAUAGAUGAUGUCGUACAGAUUGUUGGAUAUGGUAGUGAAGAAGGAAAACCUUAUUGGUUAUGCAAAAAUUAUUGGGGUGACUAUUGA